AUGAAGAAAAAUAACUACAUUACAGAGGAGACAUCCAUUCAUGAUGGAAAAUCAGAGAUCCUAGAGGAAAAAGCAAUGCAAGCGCCCAUGCCUGCUGAAUCAGUACCAAAUGGUAAGAUGAAAAUGCUUGUCCCUGCUGAAGAAAAAAGAAAAACUUAUUAUGCUGCUGUUGCUAUUACUUGUUUUGCUGCUGCUGUUGUGAAUAGGGUGGAAUCCGACUAAAAUAAGACAACUUCAAACUUAGAUUUGGUAAAUGGCUUAAAUUUGUUAUAUGCGCAUGAAAAGACUGCAAUCAAGGAACUUGAGGCUGUGAGAGUAAACCCAGAUUUCACUUCUUAAUUCAGAAGUGAUUUGGAGUUUUUCAUUCCAUAGUUGUGCUCCUUUUACGUAAAAGGAGAUCAUAAAUUCCCAGAAGAUCUGGUGAAUUUGAUUGUAAUGGCUUCGUCAUCAAGUUUUUUCUUCUCCCACAGAGUCUGGUUCUUUUUCCAAUCUAUGCUUAUUGGUUCUGACAAUGAAAGCAAGGAGAUGUAUAAGAAAUCGAGCUUAGCGCUUAGAGGAAUUAAAGAUGCAUGCCUUAAAUCUAAGGAGAGACUGUAUCUAGCUAAUUCAAGCUCAAUCGUUAAAUUGAUACAAUAGUUUGGAUUGCUUGAGUAGCACCCUGGUCUUCAAGAAUUGAUUAGAUAUUUACAAUUAAAAAAUGAAAGAAAAGUAAGCGACAUUUAUUAAAAAUAAGUUCAAGGCAUCUAGAAUACCAUGCCUAAUAAUGAAGAUAAGGAUGAGAAAUCAGAAUAAGAAAACUCCAGGCUUCAUAGAGUUAAAAGAGUAAUCUUGGAGUAUUCUUAGAAUUUUUCUCAUUCCAUAGAGAGAACUUAGAGCAAUAAAGUAUCAAGCGGAAUAAAUUAGCUAGAAAGGAGUAAUUAGGAAGGACUGUCCUUUGAGAAAUCAAGAGUCAAUGAAGAACCAGAGGUUUUUGAGGAUGAGAUCGUCAUUACAGCUAAAGAUAUCAUUUUGAAUCCUUUCAAGAUAGAGGAAGAAGUCAAGUCUUUUAAGGACUCUACCUAGAACAAUACAGCCAAUAUCAGGAAUUCUCUGGUGGCUGAUUAGAAAAUGAGGAAUGACUGCCUAAAUUCAUAUUUGUCUACCCCUAAGUUCAUAAAAACUUUGACUGAAAUUUCACUUAAGUUAAUAACUGUUGCAAAUAGAGAUGAAUACCUAAAGAAUGAGAUCCUUAAACUCAACCUUAGUCUGCCUGCUUCAGUUUAUAUACCCUUUGUUAAUGUGACUGGAGAAGCUAAAAUAUUCUAAACUAAAGAAAGAGCUCCUUUGCUACUUUGUAUAGAAGCAUUUAGACCAGAGGAACUUUAUCUUAUUCAACCACCAAAGCCAAUUUCAUAAAGAAAUAAUAGAUCCAGAGCAAAUAGAAAUACGAGGAAUGAUUCUUAAAAGCAAAGAAGUUCCUCUUGGAACUCUUCUAAGCUUACUAUAGAAGAACUGAAAGCCCCACUGGUCAAAAGGAAAGAUGAGUAGCCUAGCUCAAAGAAUCAGUUUUUAAGUUUGAGUAAGAAAAAUGAUGAUAAGACAGUGAGAUAGACCGAGAGAAUCGGUAUUCAACAAGAACAAGGUCUUAAUGUAGCUAAAGAUGUUAAAUAGAAGUUAAGCAUGCGAAGAACCGCUAGAAAUAAUAUCGAGUAUGAUCACGAAGAGGGAGUGUCUCGAAUGACUAAGGCAGAGAUGGAGAAGGAUGAGAUACACAUGAUGAAGAUCAACAAGAUGCUUGACAAGAAGGCUUCUAAUCCUCUGAUCAUCAACCAGCUUAAAAGGUCAGACUCAUUUCUAGAGAAGGUGAAAGUGAAUGAUAACUACAUGAACAACUACAUGAAACAAGCCUCAGGGCUGAAAUCAAUACCCGAAGAAAACUAGGAUGAGCUGGACAAGCUGAUGUUUCCAUAAACACUUGAAGACUAAGAUGAUUUUAUAGAGAAGCAGAAAAAGGAGUAGAUUGAUAAUAAAUCAAGCAAAGUAGCUCCAAAGGAUGAGGAUAAGUCUGCUAACAGUGACUUGAAUGAAUUCAUCCUGAAGCCUUCAUAUUCAACUAAUGAAAAUAAAAGUAAAUUAACCUAUAUCAUUGCAGCAAUAGAUUUCUUGGAUAAUAAAGAUGCAAGAUAUUCAAAUUUUGACGCUUAAAACAUGUUGUCCUAUCUCAAGAAUGAUAACAGUUCUAACCUGCCAGAAAGCAAGGUCUCUGAUAAUCACAUCUCCUAAGAAGUCAAUCCCAAUUUGCAAGGUAAUAUAAAAGUCUAUUAUAACAACUCCGACAUAGUAAACUAAGGUGUUCAAAAUCUUAAAAAUACAUUUGUAAGCUCAGAAGAUUAAAAGCAUAAAAUAUUGAUUCUGGAAAGCCCCACUAAAAGGAAAGACCGCUCUGAUCUAUCUAUAAACACUGUGGAAGAGGAAAAGUAGCCUAAAGAGGAUAAUCAGAGUAAAAGAUUGAAGCAAAUUCAGGAAUAGCUAGUAAACAAUGAAAGGCUCUUGACUUUUGCUGAGGGAGAUAGGAGAUCUAUGUCUAUGCUUAGUCCCUCAGAGAAAGACAAACUUGAUGAGUUGAUCUUUGAAAAGAAUGCUAUGCAAGUCCAGAAGUAGAUAGAAGAGGGCUAAAAGAAGAAGAGACCGACUGAAACUACUAAGGCUUUCUUUGAGAAUAGACCAACUAAUAACAUUUUCUUGGAAACAGGCCAUGAGCAAGACUAGAGAGUUAGACUGUAGUCACCGUUUGGGAGUUUAAGAACUUGGAGACUGAUUAAGAUCAUAGUGAAGAGCAACGAUGAUGUUAGGCAAGAGUAAUUUGCGAUGCAGCUGAUAAGUCAAAUAGAUUAGAUAUUCAAACUCAAGAAAUGCAAUUUAUGGCUCAGACCUUAUGAGAUCUUAGCAACAGGUCCUCGAUGUGGACUAAUAGAGGUAGUCUCUGAUGCGAUAUCUAUUGAUGGAAUUAAGAGAAAGCUCUCAACAGGUCCUAAUGCUAAACUCCUAGACUACUUCCAUAAAUAAUUUGGCGAUAACAAAUCUAAAAAGUUUGAAAAGGCUCGGGAUAAUUUCUGUAAAUCACUAGCAGCAUAUUCACUGGUAUGCUUCGUACUCUAAAUCAAAGAUAGACACAAUGGAAACAUUUUAGUUGAUAUUGAGGGGCAUAUUAUGCAUAUUGAUUUUGGAUUUUUGUUGUCAAAUGCCCCAGGCAAAGGCAUCAGGUUCGAGUUAGCACCAUUCAAGCUAACUUAAGAAAUGGUGGAUGUCCUAGGAGGAAUAAAAUCAAAGAAAUUCAGAGAGUAUCGAGAAUUGAUGCGACUGGGAUUCAUUGCUAUCCAAGAGCACGCUGAUAAGAUCAUCAAGCUGGUUGAAAUGAUGUUUAUGAGUCAGUCUGACCUCCCCUGCUUUAAAGAGGGAGAAAACUUGAUCAAGGAACUAAAGCAAAGAAUUUUCCCACUGGGUCAUCUGCUAACUGAGAUGGAGUGCGCCAAGUAUGUUGAUUCCCUAGUUGAGAGUAGUUAUGACAACUGGAGAACUAAAGCCUAUGAUAAGUUUCAAUACUGCUGCCAGGGCAUUUUAUGA